AUGUCGGCGGCCCGUCUAUCUAGAUCAAUUAACUUUACAUGGAGCUGCGAAAAUGAGACAGCAACAACACUAGAGCCCAAACUUGGCGCUGAGAAAGAGGAGGACUCGCGAGCUCAGACCGAGCGGCUGCUACACAGAAGUAACGGCAUCAUCUGUCAGUCGACUUACAUUGUUCUAGUGGUCGUAUUCGCUUUCUGCACAAUGGCCUUCACAUUCUGUUGUUUUUAUUUUUUAAUUGGACUUUAA